AUGCCACUGGCCACCAACAUGGUCCACAGGAGAGGGGCUCUCCCAGGAUCCAGGGUGCUGCUGCCUGUGACCAAGGACACCAGCGCCAAAGCUCUGGGGCGAGAGGGGAAGCAGCGACCCAGCAGCUGCCUUCCCUGCGGCUCUCAGUGUGCUCUGGACCUGAAGUGGUGCCAGCGGGGCUAUGAGCAUUGCUGCUGGCACGCUGCGCUGCUGGCAGGGGUGCCCGAGGACAGCUGCUGCUUCUCCCGCUCCUUCGAGGAUCUCACCUGCUUCUGGGAGGAGGAGGAGGAGGAGGCGGCAAGCAGGACGUGCCACUUCUACUACUGGUACAGCAGGGACGUGCCCACAGCAUGCAAGGUUUCCACGUGGCGCCACGAGGCCAGUGGGACGCGGCAUGUCUGCGUCUUUCCUGGCCAGGACGUGCGGCUCUUCACCCAGCUCCACCUCCACGUCCUGGACGCCACCACCAACCAGACCAAGUACUGGCGGGAGCUCAGUGUGGAGGCAGUGGGAGACAUCGGGCUGUGCUGCAGCACCCGUGACCUGCAGCGCAUGCGCUGCGAGUGGAGCUGGGACCCCGCAGAGCCCCACGGCUCCCACCAGCUCUUCUACCGGCCGCCUCCGAGUGGGGCUGGCACAAGCUGUAAAAACAUAUUUAUGCACGUGAAUGCAGGUAAAUCUGGAUCCAAAAUCCAGAGCACCCCAACAAAGGCCGGGGCGGAUCGCUACAUUCCCAGCCGCAGCACUAUGCAGAUGGAGAUGGCCAGUUUCCUCCUAACCAAAGAGAAUGACCUUGCUGAGGAGUCCCCUACCAAGAAGGAGCAACAGAAAGCCUGGGCAGUGAAUCUGAAUGGCUUUGACAUAGAAGAGGCAAAGAUCCUCCGCCUCUGUGGAAAGCCGCAGAAUGCUCCAGAAGGCUAUCAGAAUAACCUGAAAGUGCUCUACAGUCAGAAAACAACACCUGGAUCUGGCAGGAAGAAUGGCAGAUACAUUCCCUCAAUGCCAGACCGGAUCCUGGAUGCACCAGAGAUCCGCAAUGACUAUUAUCUGAAUCUCAUUGACUGGAGCUCUCAGAACUUCCUGGCAGUGGCUCUGGACAGCUCUGUCUACCUGUGGAAUCACGCCUCUGGGGAGAUUAUCCAGCUGCUGCAGAUGGAGCAUCCAGAUGACUACGUUUCUGCUGUGUCAUGGAUUAAAGAAGGAAACUACCUUGCUGUUGGCACAAGUAAUGCUGAGGUCCAGCUAUGGGACAUACAGCAUCAGAAACGUCUCCGAAAUAUGACCAGCCACUCUUCCCGUGUGGGGUCCCUCAGCUGGAACAGCUACAUCCUCUCCAGUGGGGCACGGACUGGCCACAUCCACCACCAUGAUGUUAGAGUGGCUGAGCAUCACGUGGCCACACUUGCUGGCCACACACAGGAGGUGUGUGGACUCAAGUGGUCUCUAGAUGGCCGCUACCUGGCCAGCGGUGGCAAUGACAACCUGGUGAACGUCUGGCCAUGUACCCAGGGGGACAGUGGAGACUUUGCUCCUGUACAGACCUUCACUCAGCACCAAGGUGCUGUCAAGGCUGUGGCGUGGUGUCCAUGGCAGUCAAAUGUUCUAGCCACUGGAGGUGGGACUAGUGACAGACACAUCCGCAUCUGGAAUGUGUGUUCUGGCACCUGCCUCAGUGUUGUUGAUGCCCAUUCCCAGGUCUGUUCUAUCCUGUGGUCAACAAACUACAAGGAGUUCAUUUCAGGCCAUGGCUUUGCACAGAAUCAGCUGAUUAUAUGGAAGUAUCCAACAAUGGCCAAGGUCACAGAACUGCGAGGUCACACUGCGAGAGUCUUGAACCUGACUAUGAGCCCUGAUGGUGCAACAGUGGCCUCAGCAGCUGCUGAUGAAACGCUGCGGCUCUGGCGCUGUUUUGAGAUGGACCCCAUAAAGAAGAAGGAGAAAGAGAAGGCAAACAGUGCCAAAAGCAGCAUCAUUCACCAGGGCAUCCGAUAAGUGCACAGGGCUGGUGUGGGGAGUUGGGGAAAUGUUGGUUUACACAGUGUACAGUAUUUUAAAUGUUAAUAAACUGCUUUAAUUG